UGCGAUUAAAUAAGUUAUGCCCUCCGAAUUCGGAGAUAUGUGUAUAUAACGGGCAUAACUGAUUUGGCUUUUGCCAAUUGCUGUUAGAAUUUCAAUUCCAACGGUAGCGCUAAGCGCCAACGCCAGCAGCACAGAAGCUUUAGGAGAGUAGUGCCGUUAAGAAGUGUCAUUACCGGCGCGAGCCCCAUUCGGUAGUGAAAAUACGAGUGAAACCUUUCGUACGCACAGCGUACCAUUCGUAGAGGACAAGGAUCAAUAUGGGCACAAGUAGGCGGUCUUCCAGCGUUGCUAAAUUAUUGCCGCCCACAUUUGGUAGACGACAUAUGCAAUGCCUAUUGAUAUUUGUCGGUUUCGCCGCUGCAUUUUCGAUGCGCGUUAAUCUCUCCGUCGCAAUUGUCGCGAUGAUGGACCGCAAAGCAGCAAAUCCAGAUUUUCCAGAAUAUCACUGGUCGGAAGAGACGAAGUCGCAUAUACUUAGCAGCUUCUUUUGGGGUUAUAUUUGCACGCAAAUUCCCGGCGGCUUAUUGGCACAUCGCUUCGGCGGCAAAGUGAUGUUGUUGAGUAGUAUCUCCAUAAGCAGCAUAAUGGCGCUGUUGACUCCACUCGGUGUCGCCUAUGGUGACUGGAAGUUGCUUUGUUUCAUACGUUUCCUACAGGGGUUCGGUCAGGGCGUAACAAUACCGUCCAUGCAUACUUUACUCGCCAAAUGGGCACCGGUAACGGAACGCGGCUCUCUCACCACCUAUGUUUAUUCAGGUUCACAAUUCGGUACUGUUAUAAUGUUAGCUUCAAGCGGUUUGCUUGCUUCCUCAUCCAUAGGCUGGCCUAGUUGUUUCUACUUUCCAGGCGGUUUGGGUCUUAUGUGGACAAUAUUGUGGAUAACUUUGGGUGCUAGUUCACCCAGUGAAUGCAAAAAGAUUAGCGCUGCCGAACGCGCACUCAUUGAAGAUUCCCUACAGCAGCAUGUUAAGCCGCAAGAUGAUGGCAAACCCAAUUUGCCCAUACCUUGGAAACGCAUAUUCACAUCCGUGCCAUUCUUAGUGUUAAUGGCAACACAUUGCGCAUUUUCUUGGUGCUUUUGGACGUUGAUCACACAAAUACCAACCUAUAUGAAGAGCGUACUCGGUAAGGAUAUCAAAAGCAAUGCGCUGCUCUCGUCACUACCCUACUUCGCUAUGUUGAUUUUGGGUUUGGCAUGUGGACCGUUGAGUAAUUUCUUGGAGAAGGGCAGCCAUUUGAGCGCAACCACAAGUCGGAAGAUUUUCAACUCCAUUGGUCAAUGGGUGCCGGUGCUCACCUUGAUUUGGUUGGGUUACAUAACACGUGAACAAGCGGACCUAGCGGUUUUCUUGUUAACCUUCACCGUGAGUAUCAGCACCACUAUGAAUUUGGGCUGGCAGGUGAAUCACAUCGAUUUGGCACCAAACUUCGCUGGCACGCUCGCUAGCCUGACCAACUGUGCGGCGAAUGUUUGCAAUAUUAUGGCACCUCUAGUGGUCGGCUUUAUCGUCACCGAUACGAGUAACCCCAACCAGUGGCGCAUAAUCUUUUUCAUUGCGGGUGGCAUCAACUUUCUCGGUAAUCUGAUGUUCGUUCUAUUCGGCACCGCCAAAGUGCAGCCCUGGAAUAAUGAACGCGAACAAAAAAUGAAUGAUAGUAAAGUCGAUGCAGAGAAGGCGCAAGAAAUGGAACCUCUUAAUGAGGAAACAGCUGAUGUUCCAAUAACUAAAGCAGAAUCGCAAAUGUCGCUUUAAAUUUUGGACAGUAGUUUUUUUUUUGUUAAAUUAGUGGAAUUCAACAUUAGCUUGUGUACAAUAUUGUUAAGUCAAACUUUUCCUUGAGAUUACGCUUCAUAGUUGCUAAGUUCUGUAGAUUCUCAAAGAUCAAGACUUUAAUUUACAGAAUGUAUACAUACAUAGAUUUGGAAGUUAUAUUAAGGUAGCCUAUAGCCAGUGAGAAAAACGUGAGUAAAAGCCUGUUCAAAAGCUGUCAAUGAUAAUAUAAUAUAUAAUAUACAAUAUAACAUAAUAUAUAAUAUAUAAUAUAAGUAUAUAAUAUAUUAUAUCAUAUAUGCGUUAGUGAAACUAUUAUUAAUAUGCUCAGAGAUAUAGGUAUUCUUGCUGUAUUUAUUAAAAAAAUUAUAUACUCGUAUAUAAAUAAAUAUGUAAAAAUUUGCAAAUAUUUCAGAAAAUUUGUAUUUACACUCGUUAGACAUACGUACAUUUAGUUACAUUUACGGGCGCUUUUUU